GACAAAUUCGUAUAUUUCGUAAUUUUAUGUUAUAAAAUAAUAACAAAGAUCUUAACCUAUAAAGCUACAUUACCAUACACACUCGGUAAGGACUUGGAAAAUCUUUCUGGCGAAGUUAUAUAGCGAUUCUAUUUUUCUUUCAGUUUCGAUAGUUUUGGAAGAUAAUAUUACUUGAUGCAAAUAAGAUAUUAUCAUGGAUGCUGAUCUUUAUGAUGAAUUUGGUAAUUAUAUCGGGCCAGAUUUAGCAUCAGAAAGUGAAGAUGAAGCGGAAUAUGGUAAUGUUGGAGAUGAUGCGGAAGAUAGAGAGCGUUCUGACGAGGAGAUGGAGGAUGAUAAAGAUGAAUCUAGAGAUAACACGGAGCAAGGUUCAUCCACAGCGGUUGUUUUACACGAAGAUAAAAGAUAUUAUCCUAGCGCCUUAGAAGUAUACGGUCCUGAGGUUGAAACUCUUGUACAAGAAGAAGAUGCGCAACCAUUGGACAAACCAUUGAUAGAACCCACUAGAAAACCUAAAUUUCAAAUAAAACAACAACAACUUCCGGAGACAACUUACAGCAUUGAAUUCUUAGCUGACAUGAUGGACGCGCCUCAUUUAAUUAGAAACGUCGUAUUACUUGGACAUUUGCAUCAUGGGAAAACCACUUUGGUGGAUUGCCUGAUACGACAAACUCAUCCUUACAUACACAGUGUAACUGAUGAAAAACCUUUAAGGUAUACAGACACUUUGUUCACGGAGCAACAACGUGGAGUGUCCACAAAAGCGACACCUGUAACUCUACUGCUACAAGAUGUAAAGUCAAAAUCGUAUUUGUUAAAUAUAUUUGAUACUCCGGGUCAUGUGAAUUUUUCGGACGAAGCAACAGCAGCAAUUCGUUUGUCCGAUGGUGCAAUACUUAUCGUGGAUGCAGCAGAGGGUGUAAUGCUUAACACGGAACGUCUAUUAAAACAUGCAUUACAAGAGAAACUAGCAUUGACAGUAUGCAUUAACAAAAUAGAUCGUCUCGUUUUGGAACUGAAGUUACCACCUUUGGACGCGUAUUAUAAAUUACGACAUAUCAUUGAAGAAAUCAAUGGUUUAAUAGCAUUAUAUUCAGAUUCAGAAAAUCCGGCCUUUGUCUCACCAGCGAUUGGAAAUGUCUGUUUCGCCAGUUCCGAAUAUAAUGUCUGUUUUACCCUUAAAUCUUUUGCAGCCCUUUAUGCAAAGAGUUAUCCAACACUUAAUACGAACGAAUUCUCAAAGAGAUUAUGGGGAGAUAUAUACUUCAACUCGAAAACGCGAAAGUUUACGAAAAAACCGCCACAUAAUACGGCACAACGUAGCUUUAUAGAAUUUAUAUUAGAACCACUUUACAAAAUAUUUGCUCAAGUAGUUGGAGAUGUAGAUACGACUUUGCCAGACGUUCUAAGCGAAUUAGGAAUUAGACUGACGUCGGAAGAAAUGAAAAUGAAUAUCAGACCACUUUUGCGUUUGGUGUGUACACGUUUCUUGGGAGAUAUGUGUGGUCUAGUGGAUAUGUGCGUUAUGCACGUUCCUAGUCCUCAAGCACAUGCACCUAUAAAAGUUCAACAUGUAUAUACUGGUCCUAUAGACUCUCCUCUUGCACAAGACAUGGUCAAUUGUGACCCUGAGGGAAGAUUAAUGAUUCAUAGUACGAAAAUGUAUCCAACCGAGGACUGCACGUUGUUCGUCGUUUUGGGAAGAGUAAUGUCGGGUACACUUGAAGCAGGACAACGUGUACGCGUCUUAGGAGAAGCAUAUUCGCGAACGGACGAAGAAGAUUCGCGUGUGCUCACCGUCGGUCGAUUAUGGAUAAGCGAAGCACGUUAUUCGAUCGAAUUGAGUCGUGUACCUGCAGGAAAUUGGGUACUUAUAGAAGGAAUCGACAGACCGAUCGUAAAAACCAGCACCAUCACCGAUCUCAACAAUACGGACGAUCUACACAUUUUCCGACCAUUGAAAUUUAAUACGCAAAGCGUUAUUAAGAUUGCUGUUGAACCAGUCAAUCCGUCGGAACUUCCGAAGAUGUUAGAUGGUUUGAGAAAAGUGAACAAAAGUUAUCCAUUAUUGGGUACGCGCGUAGAGGAAAGUGGAGAACAUGUUGUGUUGGGAACUGGCGAGUUAUAUCUGGACUGUGCCAUGCACGAUCUGCGUCGCAUGUAUUCUGAGAUAGAUAUCAAGGUCGCAGAUCCUGUGGUCGCUUUCGCUGAAACAGUAGUGGAAACCAGUUCUCUCAAAUGCUUUGCCGAAACACCGAACAAAAGAAAUAAAUUGACGAUGAUUGCGGAACCACUCGAGCGAGGUCUUGCGGAAGAUAUUGAAGCUGAACACGUCAAAAUCACUUGGAACAAAAAAAAAUUAGGAGAAUUUUUCCAAACGAAAUACGAUUGGGACUUGUUGGCUGCACGAAGUAUAUGGGCGUUCGGACCAGACGCAACGGGUCCUAACAUUUUGGUGGACGAUACACUACCGUCCGAAGUAGACAAAACGUUGUUGAGCAGUGCUCGCGACGCCAUUAUUCAAGGGUUUCAAUGGGGUACGCGCGAAGGGCCACUUUGCGAGGAACCUAUUCGAAACGUUAAGUUCAAAAUCCUCGAUGCUGUGAUCGCUCAAGAACCAUUACAUAGAGGAGGUGGUCAAAUCAUUCCUACCGCGAGGAGAGUCGCUUAUUCGGCAUUUUUAAUGGCCACGCCGAGAUUAAUGGAGCCAUAUUUCUUCGUUGAAGUUCAAGCACCGGCUGAUUGCGUGUCCGCUGUUUAUACCGUUUUAGCGAAACGUCGAGGUCACGUUACUCAAGAUGCACCUGUUCCAGGAAGUCCUUUAUACACGAUCAAAGCUUUUAUACCGGCUAUCGAUAGUUUUGGUUUCGAGACGGAUCUACGAACGCAUACGCAAGGUCAAGCAUUUUGUUUGUCAGUGUUUCAUCACUGGCAAAUCGUACCUGGAGAUCCUCUUGACAAAACCAUUACCAUUAGACCAUUGGAACCACAACCGGCCACGCAUUUAGCCAGAGAAUUUAUGUUGAAAACGCGUAGACGUAAAGGUUUAUCCGAGGAUGUCUCGAUCAAUAAAUUCUUUGACGAUCCUAUGUUGCUGGAAUUAGCGCGACAAGAUGUAUUAUUAAAUUAUCCUUUAUAAUUUAAGUUUAAUUUAUUUUAAUUUGAUAUUACCUGUAAAAUAUGUGAAUAUUAAAUGAAAUAAAAUUAUUAUCUUUUUAUUACCAA